AUGGUGUGCAGCUUCUGGGUCCUGGCCCUGGUGUCCUCGGCUCUGGCCCUGGAAGAGGUGUUGCUGGACACCACUGGGGAGACGUCGGAGAUCGGCUGGCUCACCUACCCGCCAGGUGGGUGGGACGAGGUCAGCGUCCUGGACGACCAGCGGCGCCUCACCCGCACCUUCGAGGCCUGCCACGUGGCUCGGUCCUCAGGCUCUGGACAGGACAACUGGCUGCAGACGCACUUCGUGGAGCGGCGCGGGGUGCACCGGGCGCACGUGCGCCUGCACUUCUCGGUGCGCGCCUGUGCCAGCCUGGCCGUGGGUGGGGGCGCCUGCCGCGAGACCUUCACGCUCUACUACCGCCAGGCCGAUGGUCCGGACAGCCCGGAGGCCGCCGCGUCCUGGCACCGCCAGCACUGGACCAAGGUGGACACGAUCGCGGCCGAUGAGAGCUUCCCCGCGGCCGCCGCUCCCUCCGUGUUGGCCUCUGGGCCUCGCGCGGGGCUGCAGCUCAACGUUAAGGAGCGCAGCUUCGGGCCACUCACGCAGCGUGGCUUCUACGUGGCCUUCCAGGACACGGGCGCCUGCCUGGCGCUGGUGGCUGUCCGGCUCUUCUCCUACGCCUGCCCAGCCACGCUCCGCGCCCUCGCCUCCUUUCCUGAGACGCCUGCCAGCGGGGCUGGGGGCGCCUCCCUGGUGGCCGCCGUGGGCACCUGUGUGCCCCAUGCAGAGCCAGAGGAAGAUGGCGUUGGGGGUCAGACAGGGAGCAGCGCUCCUAGACUGCACUGUAACGGGGAGGGCAAGUGGAUGGUGGCCGUGGGGAGCUGCCGCUGCCAGGCGGGACACCAGCCUGCCCGCGGGGACAAGGGCUGCCAAGCCUGCCCUGCGGGAUCCUAUAAAGCCUCAUCAGGAAAUGGGCCCUGCUCCCAGUGCCCCAUCCACAGUCACGCCCCGGACCCCGCGGCACCCGUGUGUCCCUGCCUCCCAGGCUUCUACCGGGCUGGCUCGGACCCCCCAGAUGCCCCCUGCACUGGACCCCCUUCAGCGCCCCGUGAGCUCUGGUUCGAGGUACAAGGCUCAGCGCUUAUGCUGCACUGGCGCCUGCCCCAGGAGCUGGGGGGCCGCGGCGACCUGCUCUUCAACGUGGUGUGCAAGGAGUGCCCAGGCCCCCGGGAGCCCGGAGGGGGUGCCUGCCGCCGAUGCAGGGACGAGGUCUACUUCGACCCCCGCCAGAGGGGCCUGACCGAGAGCCGCGUGCUGGUCGGAGGCCUGCGGGCGCACGUGCCCUACAUCCUGGAGGUGCAGGCGGUCAAUGGUGUGUCCGAGCUCAGUCCUGACCCUCCGCCCAGUGCAGCCAUCAAUGUGAGCACCAGCCAUGAAGUCCCCUCCGCAGUGCCAGUGGUGCACCAGGUGAGCCGGGCUUCCGACAGCAUCACCGUGUCCUGGCCUCAGCCCGAGCAGGCCAACGGGCACAUCCUGGACUAUCAGCUCCGCUACUAUGACCAGGCCGAAGAUGAGUCUCACUCCUUCACUCUGACCAGUGAGACCAACACGGCCACUGUAACCCGGCUGAGUCCCGGCCACAUCUACGGCUUCCAGGUGCGCGCGCGGACGGCUGCGGGGCACGGCCCUUACGGGGGCAAGGCCUACUUCCAGACGCUGCCUCAGGGUGAGCUGUCCGGCCAACUCCCAGAGAGGCUGUCAUGGCUAGUGGGCUCCGUCCUGGGGGCGUUGGCUUUCCUCCUGCUGGGGGCCAUCUUGGUGCUGGCUCUGGUCUUCCGGAGAAAGCAGCAUGGGACUGGCUACACGGAGCGUCUCCAGCAGCACAGCAGCCCAGGUCUUGGGGUAAAGUAUUACAUCGAUCCCUCUGCAUAUGAGGACCCCUGCCAGGCAGUGCGGGAGCUGGCCCGGGAGCUGGACCCUGCGUACAUCAAGCUUGAAGAGGUCAUUGGGGCAGGCUCCUUUGGAGAGGUGCGUCGGGGCCGACUGCAGCCCCGGGGCCGCCGGGAGCAGGCCGUGGCUGUCCAGGCGCUGUGGGGCGGGGGUUCCGAGAGCUUGCAGACAGCCUUCCUGGGCCGAGCAGCUGUACUGGGCCAGUUCCAGCACCCCAACAUCCUGCGGCUGGAGGGCGUGGUGACUCGGAGUAGGCCGAUCAUGAUGUUGACCGAGCUCAUGGAGCUGGGACCCCUGGAUAGCUUCCUCAGGCAACGAGAAGGCCAGUUCAGCAGCCUGCAGCUGGUGGCCAUGCAGAGGGGAGUGGCAGCCGCCCUGCAACACCUGGCCAGCUUGGCCUUCGUGCACCGCGCCCUGUCAGCCCACAGCGUGCUGGUCAACAGCCACUUGGUGUGCAAGGUGGCACGUCUUGGCCACAUGCCUCAGGGCCCAGGCUGCAUGCUUCGCUGGGCAGCCCCCGAGGUCAUCACUCAGGCAAAGCACACCACAUCCAGUGAUGUCUGGAGCUUUGGGGUAGUGAUGUGGGAGGUGAUGAGCUAUGGAGAGCGGCCAUACUGGGACAUGAGUGACCAGGAGGUCCUCAACGCUAUAGAGCAGGAGUUUCGACUGCCUCCACCCCCAGGCUGCCCUCCUGGGUUACAUAUGCUUAUGCUGGACACCUGGCAGAAGGACAGUGUCCAGCGGCCCAACUUUGACCAGCUGGUGGCAGCACUGGACAAGAUGAUCCGAAAGCCGGACACUCUGCAGGCCACUGGGGGGCCCCGGGACAGACCCCCCCAGUCCCUCCUGGACCCUGUGGCUCUGGAUUUCCUGUCCCUGGACUCCCCCCAGGCCUGGCUCUCAGCCAUUGGACUUGAAUGCUACCAGGACAAUUUUGCCAGGCUGGGGUUCUGCUCCUUCAACGAUGUGGCCCAGCUUAGCCUUGAGGACUUGCCCGCCCUGGGUGUCACACUGGCCGGCCACCAGAAGAAACUCCUGCAUAACGUCCAGCUCCUGAAGCAGCACCUGCGGCCACUGGGCUCUGUGGAGGUCUGA